AUGCAAAUCGUUCGCGCGCCCGUCUCGGGCAUUUCUGUGAGGACAGACUGGACAGGACGGGACGUCCGUUUUGGCACCAAAGAGGUCGUGGAGGUGUCGAAGAGCAGCAAGGCUAGAGCUUCUCGCAUCCCCAUGGUCAUCCCGUCUCAUCCUGUUUCUCUCUCUCUCUCUCUCUCACCUCAUCCAAUUCACCAUCUCAUCCCUCCCGUCCGUCCAUCCAUCCAUCCAAUCCGUCCACCUUCCUCACUCACCUCACAGCCAACGCAAGCCCCACGGACCCCUCCACCCCUCCCUCAGAGGCUGCCCCCUCCAUCUCGUCGGGCUGUUGUUCCCACUUCCUUGCUGUUCCUGAUUGUCUUAUUCCCAUCCGAGUCAAACGCUAAAGCGCGGUAUGCCGGGAUUAGCCCCUGUCCCUGUAAUUUAGGAUGGACGCGCCUCAACUUCCGACGACUGCUCACCUACGUAGUACGCAGUAUUCACAAGUACCAACAGCUUCCUCAUCACACCUUUUUCUCUCAACUUACAUUGUCUUUGGCUACAUUUGCGUUUGCUACAUUCUGGUGCUCUUCAGAUCUCGCCCUCGGAACCCGUGAUAUAAGCUAUAGGUUCAGCCAGCAGACCGGGAUUCCUAUUGACUGCCGCCGCAAAGUCUGGCCAUGCCGCGGCCUUGUCAGAAGACUAGUUGUCCACGACCCGUCUGGACGCCAUGCCUGGACGCCAUGGACUCUCGACUUGGUCUUCUUGGCCGUCUUCUGGCCGAGAGCCGCAGGUCACUCGCUUGUACCCGAUGCCGCCAAGAAGGACCUCGCCCUCUCGGUUGGCCACCCUCACUUUGCCUGCCUGCGUUUCUUUUCUCAGAACGUCCGUGAUAUUCAUCUCCCGUACCCGCGCGCCGUCUUGUUUGUUCUUCCUCUUCCGAUCCUGAGCCGCUACGGUUCUUGCCAUCCCAGUUAG